UCCACCGCAGCGAUGGCUUGCAUGAAGCGUAAGCAGCUGGAAGAAUUUCUUCAAUCCGUCGACGAUUUUAGCAGUCCCAAAGUGAAGCACGAGCAGUACAUGACGCCGCCCCAUAUCGCCAGCCAUCUGCUCUACACCAUCCAGAUGCAGCAUGCCGAUCUCGAGGAAAAAGUCGUGCUCGAUUUGGGCAGCGGGUCCGGCAUGCUCUCGAUAGGUGCUGCUCUGCUCGGGGCGAAUUACGUGAUUGGCAUUGAAAUCGAUCCCGAUGCAAUAGAGAAUUUUCGCUCCAACUACGAAGAGUUCGAAAUGUGUAAUGUCGAUUGCGUGCAGGCGGACGUGCUGCGUUUGGGUGAAAUGUGCGGUCCGCGCACCUUCGACACUGUGCUGAUGAAUCCACCGUUCGGCACCAAGCAAAACAGUGGCAUCGACAUGGCGUUCCUUCGGGUUGGGCUGGAUCUUUCGCGUACUGCAGUCUACUCACUCCACAAGACUUCCACACGGGAGCACAUCAAAAAGAAGUGUCGCGAGUGGCAGCUUCCCCGGUCGGACGUGAUCGCUGAGCUGCGGUACAAUCUGCCGCAGACGUACAAAUUUCACAAGAAGACGAGUGUGGACGUGGCGGUGGACCUGUGGCGAUUUGAGGUCCCGACCAAAGCUAGCUAGGAAAUCAAACAGCUCACAAAUCUGUCAGCUGCAGCACAGCCAACCUUCUAAUAACGAUUUUAGUCCGUUCCAUAAUUUCAACCGUUACGCGGCAGGCUUUUUCCCAUACAGUGUUAUUUACAGUGACUAAAGUCAUUGUGUUUUGCAAUAAUUCGUUCCACACCGUUAUAAUGGCCCUACUAUCUGCAUAUAUUUUUGUAUUAAUCUUUAUUUUAGAAACAUGUAUGAUAAAUCACUAAAAGCAACUAGCUAUUAUGCAUUGAACGAUUCUUCGAUAAAAAAAGACUCGCAUUUAUAAGAAAACAUAAUGAAAAAUUAAAUGCCAACAUUGUUGGUGCAUAUCGACUCAGGUACCGAACAGCAAAAACAAGAUAUUCCACAAAACCAAAUGGCCGUUUUUCACGAUUAAGUUGAUUAAGACGAGUUUUAGUGCUAGUGCAUUUCGAUUUGCUAGUUGCGUAAAGCAUUUUAUCAAAAAUGGUACUCGUUAUGAUGAGGGUUGGCUGUACGUGGCAGGAAAGCAACAAUAUUGUACAAUAAUAAAUAGAAAUAAAAUAUGUUGCUGCAUGUACAGUUUUCAAU